GGCCAGAAGGAACUCAGAUGCGUGCUGAGGUGAAGAGGAGCGGGGAGUUGCUGUCCUGAUCGCUCUCUCUCUCUCUGUCUAUACCCACUCGAUCUUGUUUGAAAAUGGAUUCGCUCGCUGGUAUCAAGCUGUCCUUUGCCGUCUCCCUAUUCAUCAGCUUGUGGGCGUGUGUUGCCACAGCUCAUUCCCACAAUUGCGACAAUCACCUUGUAUCUGGCUUGCCUCAGUCAGCAUUCAGCUCCUCCUCCGUGUUAUCUACCAGCCACAGCCCUGGCUUUGCAAAGCUGAACAGGCGUGAUGGAGCAGGUGGAUGGUCCCCGGUGGAUUCGAACAAAUACCAAUGGUUACAGAUAGAUCUGGGUGAGAGAACAGAAAUCACUGCCAUCGCAACCCAAGGCCGAUAUGGGAGCUCGGACUGGGUGACGAGUUAUGUGCUAAUGUUCAGUGACACUGAAAGAAACUGGAAACAGUAUCGCCAAGAAGACAACACUUGGGCUUUCCCAGGAAACUCCAAUGCAGACAGCGUUGUGCAUUACAAACUGCAGUAUUCCAUCAGAGCCAGAUUCCUCCGCUUUGCCCCUCUCAAGUGGAACCCUAACGGUAGAAUAGGAAUGAGGGUUGAAGUUUACGGCUGCCCCUACAAGUCGGAUGUGGCUGAUUUUGAUGGCAGAAGUUCCUUGCUCUACAGAUUCAACCAGAAGAGUGUGAGUACAGUGAAGGACAUGAUCUCCCUGAAGUUCAAAACAUUACAAAGUGAUGGUGUGAUGCUACAUGGAGAGGGACAAAGGGGAGAUUACAUCACACUUGAACUGAAGAAAAGCAAACUCUCUUUGGAGAUCAAUUUAGGUGAUACAAAGCUGCGAUCUGUUAAUGGUCACACCUCGGUCACACUGGGCAGCUUGUUGGACGACCAGCACUGGCACUCCAUUACGAUCGAACGGUACAACAAGCAGGUGAACUUCACUGUGGAUAAACACACGCAGCACUUCCGAACCAAAGGAGAGUUUGACUAUCUGGAUAUUGAUUAUGAGCUCAGCUUUGGAGGGAUUCCAGUUCCUGGCAAGUCGGUGACAUUUCUGAGGAAGAAUUUCCAUGGCUGUAUUGAAAACCUCUACUACAACGGAGUGAAUAUUAUUGAUCUUGCCAAGAGACGCAAACCUCAGAUACACGUUGUGGGCAACGUGACCUUCUCAUGUAUGGAGCCUCACAUCGUUCCGGUCACCUUCAUGACUUCCAGCAGUUACCUGCUGCUGCCCGGAAAGCCUCAAAUGGACGGCCUUUCUGUCAGUUUCCAGUUUCGCACCUGGAACAAAGAUGGGCUGCUGUUGUACAACGAGUUCCACGGAACCUCUGGAGUACUGCAGAUUUACCUGGUCAAGGGGAAGCUCAAAAUAACUGUCCAUAAAUUAUCGUGGAGCCAAGCGGACAUCACCACAGGUGUCAAUCUGAAUGAUGGACUGUGGCAUUCUAUUAAUUUGAACGCCAGAAGAAAUCGUGUUAGCAUCAUAUUGGACAAUAAUGCUACCUCAACCUUUCAUUCAACCAUACAGAUGCAGAUUUACUCUGGGAGCAGCUAUUAUUUCGGAGGUUGCCCAGAACAAACUGUUGCCACUGAUUGUUUAAAUCCCUUCGGUACAUUUGAAGGCUGCAUGCGGCUCAUUCUGAUUGACAACCAAGCAGUGGAUCUCAUUUUAGUGCAACAAGGUCUGCAGGGAAACUUCACUGACCUACAUAUAGAUUUGUGUGGCAUCCAGGACAGGUGUUUGCCAAAUUACUGUGAACAUGGAGGAGAAUGCUCUCAGUCCUGGAACACCUUUCACUGUGACUGUGCCGGGACUGGCUACACUGGAGAAACCUGCCAUAGCUCUUUGUAUGAAAAAUCUUGUGAAGCUUACAGGCACAGAGGGCAAAUGUCAGACUUCUUCUCUAUUGAUCCAGAUGGCAGUGGUUCACUGAAGCCCCUUCUAGUGUACUGUAAUAUGACAGAAGACAAGACGUGGACAGUAAUUCAGCACAAUAACACAGAGCUCACCAAAGUCCAGGGUUCCAGUUCGAGCAAACCUCAGCUUGUGCACUUGAGUUACACUGCUAACAGAGAACAACUCCAGGCUAUGAUUAACAACAUGGAUUACUGUGAGCAGGAGGUGUCUUAUCACUGCAGAAGGUCACGCCUUUUAAAUACUCCUGGUGGGACCCCAUUUACCUGGUGGAUUGGGAGGACCAAUGAGAAACAAAUUUACUGGGGAGGUUCACUGCCUGGAGUUCAGAAAUGUGCCUGCGGAUUGGAAGAGAGUUGCCUGGAUAACAAGUAUCACUGUAACUGCGAUGCUGACAGUGCUGAAUGGGCGAAUGAUACGGGCCUUCUCUCAUACAAAGAUCACUUGCCUCUGACCCAACUUAUCAUUGGAGACACCAACAGAACAGGUUCUGAAGCUGCCUACAAACUUGGAUCACUCCGUUGCAAUGGAGACAAUAAUUACUGGAAUGCAGCAUCCUUCAACACCAAGACAUCGUACCUCCAUUUCCCAACGUUCCAUGGGGAGCUGAGUGCAGAUAUUACAUUUUUCUUUAAAACAACUGCUUCAUCGGGUGUUUUCCUGGAGAAUCUGGGGAUCAAGGACUUCAUACGGAUUGAACUGAGCUCCCCAAUGGAGGUUCUCUUCUCUUUCGAUGUGGGGAAUGGCCCUUUCAUGGUUGCUGUUAAAUCACCCUCACAGCUCAAUGACAACCAGUGGCAUUACGUUAAGGCCGAGCGAAACAUCAAGGCAGCGUCGCUUCAAGUGGAUCACCUGCCACGACAGGCUCGGGAGGCACCAUCUGAUGGACACAUCCACUUGCAGCUCAACAGCCAGCUAUUUGUAGGGGGGACAGCUUCAAGACAGAAAGGGUUCAUUGGAUGCAUUCGGGCUUUGCAGUUGAAUGGAGUGAACCUUGACCUUGAAGAGCGAGCCAAAAUGACUCCUGGAGUCAGGCCUGGCUGUCCCGGACACUGCACCAGCUAUGGCAACCUGUGCCAUAAUGGAGGGAGAUGUAUAGAGAAAUACAAUGGAUAUUCAUGCAACUGCACUCCUUCUGCAUAUGAUGGACCAUUCUGCAAGACAGAGGUAUCUGCCUUGUUUAAGGUUGGAACAUCCUUAAUAUACAACUUCCAGGAAUUUUAUGGGAUUGCCAAGAAUCUCAGUGCACAUUUAUCUGCCAUCUACAUGGACAAGACUACUCCAACUGAGAACACUGCUUUCAGCUUCCGAACAACACAGGCUCCCAGCAUCCUCCUGUAUGUGGAUACUUACCACGACGAGUAUUUGGCUGUGAUGUUACUGCAAAAUGGGAGCUUGCAGGUCAGAUACAGGCUCGCCAAUAGCAAAGAUCCUGACAUCUUUAAUAUCAACAGUGGAAACCUCGCAGAUGGACUUCUCCACAGUGUCAAAAUUGACCGAGAAGGACCAAGUGUCUAUGUUGAGAUUGACCAUUUACAUUCCAUGAGCUACAAAUUGUCAUCAGAUACAGCAUUCAAUGGGCUGAAGUCUCUCGUCCUGGGCAAGAUAAUAGAUGCUGGUAAUCUUGACCAAGAGAUACUGAACGCAAAUGUACAGGGUUUUGUUGGCUGCCUCUCUUCAGUUCAGUUCAAUUGGAUCGCCCCAUUAAAGGUGGGACUACGGCACUUCACCUCUGCCCCAGUGACUGUAAAAGGGGACCUGGUUGAAUCUGACUGUCGAUCUUCAAUGAUGACUGAACCAAUAGCUGUGACCACCGCACUUUCAUUUGCAGAUCAUUCCAAACCCACUGAGGAGGAAGCACCAUUGCAAAAGGCAGUCAAAAGUGAUUCUGCAGUUAUUGGAGGUGUAAUCGCGAUUGUGAUUUUUGUCAUCCUCUGCAUCUUUGCUAUAACUGGCCGCUUGUUGUACCAGAACAAAGGCACGUAUCAAAAUAACGAAGCAAAACGGACGGAGUAUGCUGAGGCUCCAGAUGUCGCACUGAAGAACAAGGCCAAUUACCAGGAUGCUGUAAGCGAAGGCAAGAAGGAGUAUUUCAUCUGACAGCGAUACAGGCCCUCCUCGUUCCAACAGCAGAUUAAUCACAACAACAGCCUGGGCUCGCUUCUGUGCUCUGAGUUAGCUCCAGACUCUGCAGACUAAAUGGCCAAAUGCUAGCUCAAAGCACACAGACAACUGGCUUAUACUUUGGUUAACCUGACAGUGCUGGAUAUAACCCUAUUGUUUCCUGCUAACUAAUUGCCAGCUCAAAGGAGUAGAAUGAAGAAUCUACAAGUUUAAGGUUUCAGUAACAGUGGCUAUUGUAAGUGUAGCAACAAUCCUUCUCAGAGCAAUGUAAAACAUUAAUAUAAACUUUUAAAUGUAACCAGAUACUUGGUUUAUCCUCAUAACAUUCUUUUCUUUUUUUUCCCCUUUCGCGGGGUGAUUGAUUAAUUUAUCCAUUUACCAGGUUAACUCUGAGUAAGGUGAAUAACUGGUUAAGUGCUGAUUUAAGGUGCAGCCUUCAUCCUUGCUGAACAACCAAUUUAUUAUUGUUAAUCUGAUGAUCUAUCAGAAGAAGCCAAUUAGAUAAAGCAAAAAUGGUUCAUAUAAUAAUAUUCAUUGUAAGAACUCCUGGCAGGUUUCCUGCUAAACCAAAGCUUAAUGUUACACAGACCAAGUAAACCCUAAGAGUAUGUUCCAAUGCAUUAAAUUCAGAAGUCAAUGUCAGGCAGCCAAACUAAAGGAUUUAGUCAAUUAAAUUCUGAUAGUGCCACAACACAAUCACAGGACCGUAUCUCUUCACUUUUGCCAAUGUUAGCCUUCAUCCUCCAGUGUGUUUACAGACAUAAUUUACUCAGCCAACAAUUGGAGCAGAGCAAUCAGUGUAGUUUAGAGAAAAUGGUAUAUUUAUUGAGCAAACAGCAAGCAAAGUAUAAGUAACGACAGCAAGGAGGACCAAAACUACCGCAACAUCACCCGAUAAAAGCAGGGCUAAACCUCCACAAUGGAUGGAGGAUAGUUACACAGAACAAAUUUGGUGCGUGAAUCUAAGCUCAGUUCCCUCCAGCAAUGCAGUCUCCAGGUGUGUUUGCCACUGACAUUCUUUGGACUAGAGUGAAUGAUGACACACUCUGAGGAGAGUGUGUCACAGAGAGUGGUGGGUGCCCUGAAUGCAGCUGACAGUUGUGGUGAUGGAGGCAGAUCCAACAGAGGUGUUUAAGAGGCUCUUAGAUUGGCACAUGGAUAUGCAGAGAAUGGAGGGAUGUAGACAUGUGCAGGCAGAAGGGGUUGAAUGUCAUUAAGAUUAGAUCAGAUAUCUUUAUUAGUCACAUGUACAUCGAAACCCACAGUGAAAUGCUCCUUUUUGCAUUACUGAGAAUGUUCUGGGGGCAGCCCGCAAGUGUUGCCACUCUUCCGGCGCCAACAUAGCACGCCCACAACUUCUAACCCGUGCGUCUUUGGAAUGUGGGAGGAAACCAGAGCACCUGGAGGAAACGCACGCAGACACAUGGGAAAAACGUACAAACCCCUUGCAGACAGUGGCAGGAAUUGAACCCAGGUCGCUGGUGCUGUAAUAGUGUUACACUAACUGCUACACUACUGUGCCGCCCCACCAAACAGGGAGCCCACUGAAGCUCCUCAGAGGUCUGACUGGGAUUCCUCUACAUGUCACAAAAACGAAACACUGCAAAUUCCAGAAACCUUAAAUAAAACCAGAAAAUUGUAGAAAUCAACAUGAGAUCAGGCAACAUUUUUGAAUAGGCCAACAGAGCUGAUAUAUCUGGUAAUGAUGUUCCAUCGGAACUGGAUAUGGUGAUCAAUUUCAGACACCUAGAUGAUGAAUCAAAUGUUACAUUAUCUUCUUGUUUAAUAAGAUUUGAAUGACGUUAAAUGAAAAUCAGAUAAUUGAUAAAUAAUGACUUUGUUGGUGGGAUUGAGAACUAGUAAAAUGCUGCUAACUGAUUGGAGAAAUGAAACCAGUUACAUCGCUGUGAAAUUCCAGAAUGAACUUGGACUCAAAACCUACAAGAAAUGUAUGUGCACAGUUUUGUUAUAGAAAAGUGAUGACAUAACAACUCGGGACCACAGAGAUCAUCAUCCAUUAACACUGUUAGUGCUCUCGGGACAUGCUGAGAUCAACCUAUAGAGGUGAUUAAGUACUAUAAAGCAGGAGCAUAGUAUAAAGGAGACACAAGACUCUGAUGGAGAUACUGAGCAGGGCUAUAGAAUGCUGGUGAUGGACACUAAGGACAUUGGGUGGAGUGGACCCAGGAGGAAUUUUGCAGGAAACAGGUUCAGAAAUCUGGAGACACAAGAGACUGCAGAUGCUGGAAACUAGAGCAACACACAAAACGCUGGAGGAACUCAACAGGUCAGACAGCAUCUAUGGAGGGAGAUGGACAGUUGAUAUUUCGGGUCUUGACCCUUCAUCUGGACUGUCGGUCUCAACCUGAAACGUCGACUGUUCAUUUUCCCUCUGCAGAUGUUUCCUGACCUACUGAGUUCCUCCAGUCUUUUGUGUGUAGGUUCAGAAAUCUGUUCCAUUCCUAGAUUACUUCAGGUCAGUGACAUGAUGGCAGACAGGUAUCUUGACAAUCACCUGGUACAAAUCCAGUGGAAGAGAAGAGAAGCAGGAGUAGGCCAUUAAUCCACCCAAGCCUGUUCUGUCUUUAGUCGAGUGGCACAGUGGUGCAGCCAGGAGAGCUGCUGCCUCUCAGCACCAGCAACCCAGGUUCAACCCUGACCUCUAGUUCUGUCUGUGUGGCGUUUGAACACAGUUUAUGAUCGUGUGUGGUUCCUCUGGGUGCUCCAGUUUCCUCCCACAUCCCAAAGUUGUGCAGGUUGGUAAGUUAAUUGGUCACUGUAAAAUAAACUUAGUGUGUGGGUCUAGGGGAGAAUCUGGGAGGUAGUUGAUGGGAAUAUGGGGAGAAUAAAAUAAGAUUACUCUAGGAUUAGUGUAAAUGGGUGCUUGAUCAUUGACACAAACUCAGUGGGCCCAAUGUUGUGUUGCCAUGUUGUAUGACUCCAUGACUUUAUAAUUGAUCCAUAUCUUAGUCCCUUUGAUUUAUAUUCACUCCGUAAUCUGUUAUAUUCUUGCUGAACAGAACUCUUGCAGUGUGUGACCAAUUCACUCCAUCUCCUCUUUUUGGAUAAAACACAAGAAAAUCCAGUCAGUUCUAGCAAUUAUUGUGGAAUCAUGUGCCACAGAAGAAGGCUCACACACAAACAUGUGAUUUGGGAGCAGAAAUAGGCUAUUCGGCUCCUCAGACUUGUUCCCUCAUUUACUCAGGGUAUGGCUGAUCUCCUUUGAGGGAGCUAUCCAAUUCGUCCCACUUCUUCCUGUGGUCCCACACUUCUUUUCCAGAUUCCCUUGUGAAUUGACUGGCCUUUAAUCAUGACAAACGUUAGAAAUAAUUAAUAGUGUAAUACAUGAAACUGUCCUUCUUUCACAAUGUUAGACUUAGUGAUGCAUCUUCCUGCAACGCAGGACAAUAAACAG